UAGAAGACCUCCAAGGUCCCUUCCAGCUCUGUUCUAUAAAAGGUGAACUGGGCUGAGAAAGAGUGACUAGUUCAAAGUCACCAGCCAACUUUCUUGCCUAAGAUGGAACUACAACUAUCUCCAUGUUUUUAGCCUGGUGCCUUUCUUAGAGAGCUGUUUCCAACUGCUUGAUCAACUUUGUUGCCAUUCUGUAAAGUUGUACUACUAUGCUGAAUAGUAGAAAUAUUUCUAUAAGGCAUGACAUGAUCAAUGCAAAAGACAGAGUACCUCCCAGUGAUUUGCCAAUUAUAUCUGUAUUAAUGCAGUAUAAAAUUACAGUUCAUUUGCAUAAGUAUAAGUAAUGUUAUACUUUUGACUGAUUCAAAUCCUUGUCAACCACAAUUCCAAGCUUUAUCCCAUUCAAUUUUGUGUUAUGUAUUUCACGGCUAUUCUUUCACCUCAUUAAUAAAAAUGUGAAUGGAACAGAAAGCUACAACACACCACUCCCUAUCUUCUUUCACUUUAACUAAGGAAUGCGUUUCAAGAGUACCCACUAUAUCAAAGUCAUAAUUAUGUAUUUUACUAAUCUAAGCUUCUGAGGUAUUGUUAGAUGUCAUGCCCUGGAUCAAAAGUGAGAUAAGGUUAGCUUGGCAAGACUUGUUCUUGGCAAACCAAUGCUGACCUGGCACGAGAAGUUUCUGGGCAAUGCCCAGAAUCCCUAGACAGUGCAGCUACUUGGUACAGCCUUCUCAAAGAGUCAACACAUCAAUACUUGUGAUUUUUAAGGUUAACAUUUAGAGGCAUCGUUCCCUCGAGGGAAGGUAAGUGCAGAGGUAAACCAUAGGAGAGAGCUGGUGUCCACAUUCCUUCUUCGGCAGCAUCGGGCAAGUAAUCGUGGAGAGCAAACUCUGUAGCUAAGCAGACCCACCUUGAGUCCUGGUGGAACUUCCCUUCUCCCCUCAAACCGCGGCAUGACUAAGACUAACUCGGUUAUCAGCGCGCAAGGCGACGGCUGCGCUUUAACGCGCACCCUGAGUGGUACCGGUACAUUUGCCUCAGCCAACCUCCCCACCCGAGCAGGCGACAGAGGGCACCAGGAGAAAACCCGAAUUACAGACGUGCUUUCGGGGCCACGGAAGGCCUCCGUCCCGCCUGUGGCGCCCACCAGACGAUACCCCAACACCCUUGGAACUCCAGAGAAGUUCCCGUUGAAGCCCCGCCCAUUUCGCAUCAGCCUCUUCUCCGGGUUCGCCCCAAUGCCGUGGGAAGUAUCCCCGAGUUCCAUUGGUUCUGCGGCGGUGACAAUUCAGGCCCCGAGGUUCGUCAUUGGAUCCCGGAAAGGAAAGAAUGCGCGGCCCGAUUAUUUUCGUAGCUCUUCUGUCAUUGGCUGCUUAUAUAGCGCGGAUGCUUCUUUUCCACCGGAGGCGAUUGGUCCCGAUGUAGUGCUAGAAGGGAGGGCUCUGUGCGUUCACUUUCUCCUGAUUGGAUUUUCAUCCCAGGCUGUUCGGCUCGGAGACCGUUCGGGUGUUCGGCUCGGCAUCCACGGAAGACGCUUAGCAAGGCUGCGUAACUCGGCUUUGAGGGGAACGCGUGCGUAACACCGACGAGAGCGCAGCGGCUCUUUCCGAGUCCGGAGAAAUGGGGCGGUCGGUUCCGUAUUCCCGAAGACUAGUCCGUAGGGGCGCGUAAGCGGAGCAAGGAGUUAGAACCUUGAGGCCGUAUCAACAGCAACCGAGAGAAAAAAAGCCGCAACGGCCCCGUGAGCGCGUAGCGGACAAAGGAACCCGAUCGAAGGGGUGGCGGAGGCGGGGCCAAGCGAGACCCACCGCCAGCAACGUCGCAGCCGGCUGAGUCGGGAGGAUCUGCCGCUUUCAGCAGCAGCACCACCACCACCAUGGACCAGCCCGCCGUCCUCCAACUGCACUGCAGCGCCGCCCGCCUGAGCCACCUCUCCGGACGCGAUUUGCCCGCCCCACGGGCGCUAUGAGGAGAACUCCGGCGGCACUCGGCCCCCGCGUUGUCGAGCGAGAGACGGAGUGACGAGGCAGGACGAAACGGAGCAGAGAAAAGGAAGAGAAACCAGAGGAGGAGAAAGUCGGUCCGAUAGGGAAGAAAAGCUAACAGCUAACAACCAUGUCAGGGCGCCCGAGAACCACCUCCUUUGCAGAAAGCUGCAAACCGGUGCAGCAGCCUUCAGCCUUUGGCAGCAUGAAAGUUAGCAGAGACAAAGAUGGCAGCAAAGUGACUACAGUAGUAGCAACUCCUGGACAAGGUCCAGAUAGGCCUCAAGAAGUUAGUUAUACAGACACUAAAGUGAUCGGGAAUGGAUCUUUUGGUGUUGUUUAUCAAGCCAAACUCUGUGAUUCAGGAGAGCUGGUUGCCAUUAAAAAAGUUCUGCAAGACAAGAGAUUUAAGAAUCGAGAGCUUCAAAUCAUGAGAAAGCUUGAUCAUUGUAACAUUGUCAGAUUACGUUAUUUCUUUUACUCCAGUGGAGAGAAGAAAGAUGAGGUAUAUCUUAAUUUGGUGUUGGACUAUGUUCCUGAGACAGUAUACAGAGUGGCAAGGCAUUAUAGUAGAGCCAAACAGACACUCCCUAUGAUAUUUGUGAAGUUGUAUAUGUAUCAAUUAUUCCGAAGUUUAGCCUAUAUCCAUUCCUUUGGAAUAUGUCAUCGGGAUAUAAAACCACAGAAUCUUUUGUUGGACCCUGACACAGCUGUUCUAAAACUUUGUGAUUUUGGAAGUGCAAAGCAGCUAGUUCGUGGAGAGCCUAAUGUCUCUUACAUCUGCUCUCGAUAUUACAGAGCACCAGAGUUAAUUUUUGGAGCCACAGAUUAUACUUCUAGUAUAGAUGUUUGGUCGGCCGGUUGUGUGUUGGCAGAAUUAUUAUUAGGACAGCCAAUUUUCCCAGGGGAUAGUGGUGUAGAUCAGUUGGUGGAAAUAAUUAAGGUCCUUGGAACUCCUACAAGAGAACAAAUUAGAGAAAUGAAUCCAAAUUAUACAGAAUUUAAAUUUCCUCAGAUUAAAGCACAUCCAUGGACUAAGGACUCGUCAGGAACAGGACAUUUCACCUCAGGAGUACGGGUCUAUAAAGCAAUUGCCGCUCUUGGAAUGAAAGAAUUAGGAGAACAGCUGAGAGUGCCUCAUCACUCUCCUGGCUUAAGUUAUAAGGUCUUCCGACCCCGCACUCCACCAGAAGCAAUAGCUCUAUGUAGCCGUCUGUUGGAAUAUACCCCAACUGCCCGCCUGACUCCACUGGAAGCAUGUGCACAUUCUUUCUUUGAUGAAUUACGGGACCCAAACAUCAAAUUACCAAGUGGUCGAGAGAAACCUGCACUCUUUAAUUUCACUACUCAAGAAUUGUCAAGUAAUCCAUCUCUGGCUUCAAUCCUCAUACCUGCUCAUGCUCGAAAUCAAGCUGCUGUUUCAACUCCUACCAAUACUCCAGCAGCCUCAGAUGCCAGUGCAGGUGAUCGAGUUCAGACCAAUAAUGUAGCUUCUACAUCAGCUUCCAACUCCACCUGAACUGAUCUCAAGCAGCAGCUUGUACAGGAACAAUCACCAGUAAUUUUGAGUCUUACUCAGCAAUGCUGGUCACAUUUGGAAAGAAAAUGUAAAAAGAAGGGGAAAAACUGUUCAUUAUAGUGUUGGAUUUUUAAAAAUUGUUGUUCUUAUUUAACCUUGUAAAAAACCAGUUUCAUUGUAUGCUCACUCUGCAGGCUCUUUGGGGCAGGGGAAUAAGUGGGGUGGGAAAAGGGAAAUGGAUUAUUAGAACACCAAAUUUCUCUUCCCAUGACAAUCUUCUAAUUUCAGAUAAUUGCUGUUGUGUACUUUAGAAUCAGGAAUCUUAUCUGACGUCCUCCAACAAUCACCGCCAUCACCAGAAAAAAGGAAAGAAAGAAACCCCUCAUUCUGCUGAAGCCUUGUAUUUUUAAGUGAUGUUUCAAUUUUUGGUGUAGUGCACAACUUGAAUUUGGUUAGGAGUUUAACAGAAGUUGCUCAUCUUGAGUAUUAUUUGCUGGAAUUAAAUGUCUUCGUGUUAGGUGAGGAGGAAGAACAAGAUGAGGUGCUACAAUAUGCUGAGUUGCCAAAGGGAAUUAUGAAGGAGGAGGGAAGUUACAGUGUGAAAAAAAGCUUGAAAUAAUAAGGAACAAAUCACCUUAAAUUUCAUUUGCCUCUAAAGAAUUCUGCAGACAUACACUAUUGGCUUGAAUGUACCUAUCCCAAUGUUUUAGGAGUUGGAUAUUUAAAAAAUCUGGAAAGCAUAGAAGAAAGCAUGAUUAAUCAUAUCCACCCCUCAGUAGAUGGGAGUAGGUGUGCAUAUCCCUCCAUAUGCAGAAAAUAGAAAAUUCCUCCUGCAUUCUGUUCACUCAUUUUGAUUCUAAGUUGAUUUCUUUCUUGAAGAACAACACUGGGAAAAAGAUGCAAGGAUAAAAUGUGAAUGGACAUACUAUUUUCAUAGCAUGCAGUGUUUUUAAGUUGAUAGAUUUAUUUAACAGGGUAGAUUUAAAUCCUGGUUUAUAUUUAAAUGCACCUUUUUCAGUCUCUUCUUUUCUAACCUUUGCUCCUGUUUCCUAUGUCUUUGUUCUGGAUAAUUAAAUUGUGGCCAAAGGUCUCUGUGACAUGAAAGCAAUAUGCCUUGAAAAAGUUUGAGAAAAAAUGUCCUUACUAAUGCAUGAAGCACUAGUGGGUUCUUGUGACUAGCUUCUUCUUUGAUUUGAUAGCUGUACUUAUUUAGCUUUACAUUGGAUUCACUUUACCUUGCAAUAUCUUUCAUUGGUGAACCUUUUGAAAUUAGAUUUGGACCAAGGAGAGCAAGUAGUUUAUAUUCAUUUCUUAGGUGUGAAGCCAUUAAGAGAAGUAGGGUCUCAAAUGGAGAAUGGGGCAUGGUCAGAAAAGAGUGGCGGCUUCUCUAAAAAAAAAUCAGAUGACUUUAAAGACCACACAAAUCAUUACGUAAACUAUUUUUAAGAGCCACGAGCUGGGAAGCCAUCUUUCAAAAACUAAAGCUGACUAGAAAAUAAUCCAUAAUGGAUGAGAGGCCUGGAAAGACUGUCUUGCUGCAUGGCUUGAGCCCACUGGCAUCUUCCAUGUUGAUUGGUGGCCAUCGUAGUCAAAGCUCAGUUUUGUGGUCUGAAUUCAGAAAUAGGAAAUCUUAGGAGGUUUUGUAUUAUUUUCAUUGGUUUAAAUAAUAGGAGAGAAUAAUUAAAAGCUUUAACACUUUUUUUAGUGUGUGUGUGUGUGUGUGUGUGUGUGUGUAAAAACCAGGAUCCUGACACCCCCACCCCCCAAGGAUCAUGGCAGAACUGCAAGCAAAAUUUUAUAUAAAUCUAGAUCCAGGUGUUUCAGUAUCAUUUUUUGUAAAUAAACUGACAAAAGCUCCUCACCAAAUUCAAGUAUGUACAUUAGUUCUUAAACUUUUAAGUUGUAUUGCUUUAUAUGUAAAUACGUGGACACAGGAACUGUUAUUAAUGAACAAAUGUUACCAUUCAGGGCAGUUAAUUUGUUUUAAUAAUCAGACAAAAUGUAGACAAGCUUUUUAAAGCCAUAUAAUUCUAACUAUGUACAGUAGAUAACUGGCCUGUAUUAUUGUAACGAUAACUUUAGCAAUGUAUAGUGUAUCUAUAUAGUUUGGAGUGCCUUUGCUUCCAUGAUUUUUUUUCCUUCCUUUUUGUAACAGAUGCCUCAUAGGUGCAGAUAUGCUUUCCUUUUUUCAGCCAUUUCAUGGUCAGUAGCAUCAUUAAAAGAAAAUGCACCCAAACAUCCAUGGCUGUGCUCAUCCUGAUGAAUCGAUAGCAAUGAGUUACGGCUCAGCAGUAUCAGGAUAGCCACCAUUUUCCCCAGUAUUCACUUGCUCACUUAUUUAAAUAUAUCCCCACUGCAACUGGUUUCAUUAUGUAGAUAACAUCUUGGUAUCUAAAAUGACAGGUUUAUCUUUUACAGAUUUUUCUUGCCCAAUGUGUUCUUCAGUGGGUCUUGUUGGAUCACUGCUGCUUAGAGCUUUUGCUUGGCCAUGUUGUUCAUUCAGAGACAGAAUUGGAGAUUGUAAAAUUAGUAAGCAACUGUAACUGGGGAGGGAAGAACAGGGAUCACAUGCAUACACCUGUAUAUUUUAGAUCUAAUAAUCUUGCAAGCCUUUUUGGACAGAAAAAAAGUUGUGGUAUUAAGUGUCUAUUACCAUAGAUUAGCACCUCCAUUCUCAUUUACUUGCCAAUUUUUUUAUGAAUGUUAUUUUUUGUGCUCGACACAAGGGCCUUGAUUUUAAAACUCUGCUCAUAUAUAUUCAACUUUUCAUAUUCUACAUGAGGUUUUUUUAAUGGCGAAAUGCUGAACUUUUUAUCAAACCAAAGGUUGCUUUUUUAAAAGCUUUUUGUAAUCAUCUUCUGUUCAUUCCAGUAAGACAGAGGAUGCCAUUUUUCUGGCGACAUAAAGGUCAGUGAAAGUAUUUUGUUUCUGACAGUCCACUUGGAAUUUAAAUUUUAUGGUUUGUUUUUAAAUGAAGUACCGUAUAGUCUCUCAAUCUAUCCUUAGUCUGCGUUGCAGUUGUGCAUAAUCCUAAAAUGGCAUUAAUGAUAUUCUCUGUGUCAUUCAUUGAAAAUCAGAAAAAAGGCACUAGUAAUCUUAAUUUUGAAGUAUGUCCUUUCAAACAAUGUCACUGAUUUUUUUAAACAGAUUAUUUUAAUGUCAUCUAGCUGGUGCUUGAACAAGCUUCCUUCUAUGAAUAAGCCAAGAAAUAGUUGAUGUUGGUAAUUAUUGUUAAUUUAAAACAAUCCCAAAUUAAAAAUGUUAUCAGCAUUUUUCUCCAUUAAAUAUCUUAGCCUCUAGAGAUCAAAGCCAGUAAUAAAAAGCACAGUUUGUUGUCUAGCCCAGGACUGAUAUUUUUCAGAUGUGCUCAUCAGAAUUCCUUUUAAUUCCUAAUAUUUCUACAGGAACUAAUUCCUUGCUUCAUUUUGCAACAAGGCAAUAAAAGCAAAAUGACUGGUACCUAAAGGGUUAGCUUGAGAUAUGUUUCUUCCUAGUGUUGUUUGUUCUUGGUUUUUUGGGAAAAAAAACACAAAAAACCAUUUAUAUAUAUAAAUAAUAUGCUUGCUUGUAAAAUUUGCAUUUGUUACUAUGUUGCUGAUCACUUGGGCUUGUACACACAAUUAACGUGAUCACUUUCAUCUUAAAAGCAGAGUUCUAAAUAUAUAUAUAAUGGACUGUGGGUUGUAUACAAACUCUUGCAUACACACGCAAAGCUGUCUUGACUCAAAGAAGCAAAACAUGUAUAACGUUACUACUUGAAUGCCUCUGUGACUGAUUACUUUUUCAUUUUAAGUAUAAACUUUUUGUGGUAUGUAUGCUUAAUGUUCAUUAUUUUAUCUCCUCCCUUCGGCUCCUUUGUAAAUACAUUAUGUUCUGUGUGACUUGGUUCAGAAAUAGUUAACUGGUACUGUAAUUUGCAUUAAAUAAAAUGUAGGUUAGCCUGGUCAUGAAAUUUAAAAA